AACCACUUGAGCUAAAAAGAUAGCACUCUCAUUUCGGUUAGUAUGAUGGGUUUACAUAUUUGCUGUUUACCGUUUCCCUCGUACGAGUAACCCUCAGUAUAUUAGCCUUAUUCAAAAGUAAGUGUGUUUGAAACUUAGAAAAUGUUUUCGCCAGUUCGGUACGGUCGCUUUUUUAAAGGCUUGAAUAAAGCGUCUAACAUAGUUCGAAAAAGUGUUUUUCCCUUUACUUUCAGGUUUUACAGAGCCUCAUCUUGCGGAACUCCCGAAGUUCUUCAACGCCCCGAAUUCUUGGAUCCUUCGGUUGGUAAAACAGGAGGUGUAGUUCUCGGUGUCAGUCUCGCGUUUUAUGCAAUUGCUGAAGAAAUUUUCAUACUUGAUAACUCUGAAAAUGCGCUUCUCAUCGCCUUUACUAUCUUUUGCAUAACAGCUUAUAAAAAGAUAGGGGGACCACUUUACGCUUUUCUUAAAAAAGAUCUUGACACAAGAAUUGAAGAAUUUGCUGCUGUGAGAAGAAACAAAAUUGCCUUUUUUGAAAAAAAAAUAGCAAACUGUAAAGAGCAGCAACAAUAUCCAAAAGUUGUUGAACUUCUUAAAGAGAUUGAGUUGGACGUCGCUGCUUUAAAGGCCGAAUACAAAUACAGAAAAAUGGUCAACGAUACCGCAAGUAUAAUUGAAGAUCGCCUUAAAAGUAUUGCUGAAUUAGAGGCAAGUGUACGGAAGGCAGAACUUACAGAGCUGAUUGCGGAAAUGGAACGGAGUGCGGUGACACACUUCAAAAGUUUAAAGAGUGAUCCUCUAAUUCAGAAUUGCUUUGAAGAGGUUUCUAAAGUUAAAUUAUUAUGAUUUUCAUGUUGAUUAAUAAAAAAGACAAUUUAUACUA